UGCGCCGCUUCCCUUCCGUCUGUCCUUCUGCCACUUCCCUUUUCUGUAGGAACGUGGGCGCCUCCCGUCCCCACCUCGCUCCCACUGCAGCUUCCUCUAGGCAGCCUGGCCCACACCCCGCCCCGCCUCCAGUCUGUCCGCUGCCCGCAUCUCAAGGCGCAUCGCAAAGGGAGCUCUGCGGGAGGGUCUUCAUCCUAGACUGCCCCUUUGACCCCCUCCUCCCGCCCCCCGAAGCCGAGUAACUGCCCCUUCCCUCCCCGCGUCAGGGAUUGGCUGCCCUGGACCCGCGGCGGGCCGAGGGCGCUGGCGGGGCCGCCGGGAACACAUCUCAUUCCGGAGCACUCGGCGGGCUCUGAGCUUCGGACCCCAGACCACAUCCUGGAGAGAGCAGGGUGGGGCCGGCGGCCGGGCCUGAGGGUUAGAGGGCGAGGGACAGCGGGAAGGAGGCCGGGACCCCUGAGUCCGGGCGAGAGCGGGCCCGGGUAAGGGGGAAGAACUGCAGGAGGGGGAGACCGGGGACGGGAGGUAGCCGGACCCCCUGAAAUCCUGAAGGAUCCCCUCCCCCGGCUAUGGCGUAACGCCUUCUGUCCGUUCGUCCGACCCUCCUCUCUUCCUCUUUCUCACACUUCCUGAUCGCCCUGGGACUCCCGACAUCGCACGGCUCCGCGUCCCCACGGCCCCGGGAUGAAGCCCGGAUCUUCCCUCUUAGGCCUGCUCCUGGCCCUGCUCGGGAACGUUCGAGGGCAGUCUCAGAAUGGCUGCAGUGGGUGUUACCCGGUGACCCCAGGGGUCCUGGCCGGAAUCAUUCUAGGAGACCUCGCCCUGACGCUGUUCAUCGCCCUAGCUGUGUAUUACCUGGCCAGAAUGGUAGCCCGGCCUCGAGGGACUGCCGGAGCAGCCGGAGACGCUUCACGGAAACAGCGGACCACAGAGACCGAAUCGCACUAUCAGGAGCUGCAGGGCCCGAGAUCUGACAUCUACAGCGAUCUUAACACGCAGCGGCGCUACUGACCCCGGCCCUUACGCCCCUCGAGUCGAGACCGGUAUCCGUCAGAAAUCCUCACCAACCGCCUGGAGCCGCAGAUGGACUCCCGCCCGCACGACCUCCGAAGCCCCAGUGCCCCACUAGUCACUACUAGCUCCCGCGCCCCAAUAAAUGAAUUUAAACAA